AUGGGCCCUGAUACUGAUUACCCCUGCUACUUUCUAGCUCGGUGUCUUGGGGCACAUGGUGUAGCUUUUCCUUGGAGGAGGGCGGAGACUGUUCGCAGAGGGGCCCGGCGAAAACGUCACCCUACUGGAGAUAGGAACUUAUCGCAGACUGGAGGCGCCCAAGCGCAUCCCAGACGCGAGGGCAAAGGCCCAGGAGGGCUGUGGGGCUCUCGCAAGUAUCCGAUCACCUUGAGAGGAGUCCGCCGGGUGUCCGAGCCUGAUGUCACUGCAGCUUCGAUUCCUCCGACGCCCCUGCUCUUACUUCCCAGUCUUCCGGCAACUUCUCCGCUUAGGCCUCCCCUAGGCCUUGCCGCCAGAGAGGCGACGCACUCCACAGGCGGAUUCGCACGUGUGGACCCUGGGCAGCACUUUCUGGUGCAAAUUAACAAGUGGCCCUCAGUGUGGAAGCACCGCCCAGCCUUUCCCGGGGAGGUCACCAGGGUGAGGCCGCUCAAGGUCUGCAGGCGCCCGGCGUUACCGGGAUCCUCCCCGCGCGCUGGUCCGAGGAGGCCAGGAGAGGGCGAACCCGUCCCCGACCAGCGGCCCUUCCGGGGGUGGGCUCUGACCCCACCGAGAGGUCAGCGGGUCCAGGAGCUCCAAAGGUUGCCACUGCAGGAUUGCCAGCUUUCUGAAAUGAGCAUCCGCUCCCUCUCCCGGGACUGGGCGUGGGGUUCACCGAGAGGAGAGGAAGAGACCUUGCGUUUGCGCUGGGCCUGCUCGGUGCCAGGCCAUUCUAGGCUUCUGUCGAUCCUGGUUUCUGGUCUGUGCGUUGUGGGUAGCAGCAUUGGCGUAUUGCGCCGGAGGGAGCAGGCUGAGCGAGGCUCCAGAAGGUGCGCAAUAGCCGGAGAGGAAGGGGCCAUGCUGUCACCUAGCCCCCUCCCUGAGACUCCAUCCAGCCCAGAAAAAGGAGCUGCUUUCUCCCCCAUCUACCCCAGGAGAAAAUAAACGGUCGCUGGC